CUCGCUGCCCAAGGAACUCUCAGGAGUCUUCUCCAGCACCACAAUUCGAAGCCAUCAAUUCUUUGGCGCUUUGCCUUCUUCACAGUUCAGCUCUACAACAGUACGUGACUACUGGGCAGGUAGUCUUCAUCAAAUGGGUCAGCGUUAGGGGGAUGGAAGGGGCAGGGGGAUAAGCACACCUACACAGCAUCUCUAGGCAGAGUCCCAGGGUGUGUCUAUUGCAGAGCCCUCCAAUGGCCUCCCCACUGGUCAUAUGUCUAGGCCCCCCAGAAAGGUCCCUGGCAACCUGCCUGUCCCCAAACGUGGUCCCAGCCACCCACUAUCAUGGCACAGAGGGGUAAAAGGCAGAUACACGGCUGGGAGGGCACAGCCACUGGAAUCUGGGAAGACUUCCCAGAGAGGGACGUCGGUACCGGCCCUGGAAGGAAGGACAGUAGGAGGUGAGGGAAGAGAACUCCAGGCAGAGGGGACAGCAUGAACAAAGGCACAGACGUGUGACAGUGCAAGGGGGUGGGGGAUGCACCAGUUACUGGCCCUGGCAUUAGGUGAAUUAAAACGUUGAGGUGAAUUAACACUUACUGACCCACGUACUGUUCUAGCUCCUAGAGAUACACCACUAAACAAAGAGCUCUUCACAAGAGAGGUGGUGUGGUAGUGUAGUUAGAAGCUUGGGCUUGGGAGCCACUCUGCCUAGGGUUGAAUUACUACCUGUGUGAUCUUAGGCAAACUACUUAACCUCUCUGUGCCUUAGCUUCCUCAUGUGUAAAAUAGAUGAGUAACAGGUAACCUCAUGGGUUUGUGUGACGUAAACUAUGGUGAUGCAUUGAAGGUGCCUAGAACUGUGCCCGGCUCAUUAAGGGCUGGCUGACGGUAUUCCUAAAAGGCUGGACCACCCCCAUCUCUGUCCCAGUGCCUAGCAUGCAAAACCCCAUAGCAGGCGAGAACGGGCAGCAGCGCCCCCUCCUGGCUGCAGAGAGAAAGAAGGGCGUCCUCCGGGUCCUCCCCGCCCUCUUCCUGCAGGCGGACAGAGAAGCCUCAGGAAUUACUCCACCAGCCCAGGUUCAACGAGCGCUGCUCCUGAGGCCGGCUCUGCGCACGCACUUCACCAGGCGGAUGUCAUGGCACCCCCAGUACCGGAGCUCCAAGUUCCGCCACGUCUUUGGCAAACCAGCCAGCAAGGAGAACUGCUACGACUCUGUACCCAUCACCCACAGCGUCCAAGACAAUCAUUUCUGCGCUGUGAACCCCCACUUCAUUGCAGUCGUGACUGAGUGUACUGGUGGGGGUGCCUUCCUCGUCAUCCCCUUGAACCAGACAGGAAAGUUGGACCCCCACUACCCGAAGGUCUGCGGGCACAGAGGGAAUGUCUUAGAUGUCAAAUGGAACCCUUUCAAUGAUUUUGAGAUCGCCUCCUGUUCUGAAGAUGCCACGAUUAAAAUCUGGGACAUCCCCAAGCAGCUGCUGACCAAGAACCUCACAGCCUUCAGGAAGGAGCUGGUGAGCCACGCCCGCAAAGUGGGCCUGGUGGAGUGGCAUCCCACAGCUGCCAACAUCCUCUUCAGCUCUGGCUACGACUACAAGGUGAUGGUCUGGAACCUGGAUUCAAAGGAGUCUGUAAUCAUGAGCCCCGUGAAGACAAUUAACUGUCACCAAGAUGUGAUCCUCUCCAUGUCCUUCAACACCAACGGCAGCCUGCUGGCCACUGCCUGUAAAGACCGCAAGAUUCGGGUUCUAGACCCCCGAGCAGGGACUGUCCUUCAGGAAGCCAACUAUAAAGGGCACCGGGCCAACAAAGUGCUGUUUCUGGGAAACCUGAAGAAGCUGCUGUCCACAGGCACAUCCCGGUGGAACAACCGGCAGAUGGCCCUUUGGGACCAGGAUGACCUCUCUGUGCCUGUCACAGAGGUGGACCUCGAUGGCUCCUCAGGUGUGCUAUUUCCCUUCUAUGAUGCGGACACCAACAUGCUCUACGUGGUGGGAAAGGGAGACAGGAACAUCCACUACUAUGAGAUCAGUGCCAACAAACCUCACCUGAACUACCUGACGGAAUACCAGUCCUAUAAUCCACAGAAGGGGAUCGGUGUUAUGCCAAAGAGAGGUCUCGACGUGUCCUCCUGUGAGAUCUUCCGUUUCUACAAGUUGAUCACAACCAAAAGCCUCAUCGAGCCCGUAUCCAUGAUUGUACCCCGACGGUCAGAAUCUUACCAAGAGGACAUCUACCCGCCCACGGCCAGUGCCCAGCCCUCUCUGACAGCCCAGGAGUGGCUCAGUGGGAUGAAUAAAGAGCCCGUCCUGAUGUCCCUUAGGCCUGGUGCCGAGCCUCUGAGCCCGCAGCCUCUGCCCUCAGAGAGAACCCUCUCCGUGCCCACGGCCCCCACCUCGCCUCAUCUCUUCAACCAGACAGAAAGCCUGGUUGCAGAGGAUGGCCGGAGGCCCUUCUCCCUGCUAGAGGAGAAGGCGCCAAGGUGGGCGGCAGAACACAGACAGGAGGAGAAGAAAACCUGGCUUUCCGAUGGCUUUGACAUCUUCGAAUGCCCCCCACCAAAGACAGAGAAUGAGCUGCUGCAGAUGUUCUAUCGGCAACAAGACGAGAUCCGAAGGCUCCGGGAGCUGGUGACCCAGCGCGAGGUCCAGGCCAAACAAUUGGAACUGGAGAUCAGAAACUUGCGUAUGAGCUCACCGAGGCUCUGAACAGAGUCCUCUGCCCUCCUCGCCCUCAGGGACACCAGUCGGCUCCAUGAGGAGGUCCAGAAUCAAACCACAGGUCCUCCGAGAACAGCUACUAUUUCUAUAUUUUUUACCAGAAAUGAAACUCUUCGUCGCUGAAAGAUUCCAGUGGGACCUGCUGCCGAUUUUCCAUUUGCCUUCUUAAAACAAUGGUGUCUGAAUUGACUCUUUUUAGAUGAUACCUUGCCUUCGGUUUACUUGUUUUGAAGGGUCCACGAUAAUUUCUCAAGGGGAAAACAAUGCUGUACAAAGUUAGAGCUGGAAGGACCUAGGAGGUGAAGCUGCCUCUGGUUUUCAAGCUGUGGUUCAUAGCAAGGCAGGGUGGGGAAGAUUAAGCCAGGAGGGCUGUUUUGUUUUGUAACAUUGGCUUUUAUGGAAUACAUAAUUCUCCUACUAAAAAUUAGAAGUUUGCAAAGAAGUGGCAUGGUCCAGCUUCUUUAUUUCAUAGGUGGGGAAACUGAGGCCCAGAUACAGGCAGGUAAUCAAGGUCCCCAGAGAAUCCAUGGCUGGGCUGGGCUGAGCUCCUGUUCUCCUGGGUCCAUCUGCUGUUUGCGAGGCAGCACAUGUGCUGUUCUCAGCCCACAGGGCAGGAAUCCAUUGGUUUUGGCCUCAUCUGUGCCCCUGACUUGCUCUGUGACCUCUCAGAAGUCAUUCGCUCUCUGGUCUCACUUUCUCCAUCUGAGCAAGGAGGCCCCUGGAAUGUGCUGUCCUUUAGAGGAUCUGCCACCUGAGAUGAAAAAACCUUGGCCUUGACCUGAGGAAAGCUACUUUGCAGGGUGAUGAUCUGGGUUUGCUGCAGGAACUCAAACGACAUAGGGGCAGAGGAAGUUUAAUUUCCAGGAAGUAAGUCAAGGUUCCGCCUAAUGGUGGAACACAGACAGAAGGCCAUCCUCUCUCCCUUCAACCAGAAUCAGCCAAAUAUGUGUAGACACUGUCCCUUAGGUGGGGAUGCAGACAGCAGAGUGGUGCCCGUGACCACUGACUGCCACCACCAAAGCCCUGAGGUCAUAGAGCCUGCCUCCUCCAGGAUGAUGUAGGUAGAGUUCAGCCCAAGGUAACAGAAGAGGUCCCCAGGAGGUGGGGAGCCCCCGCCCUGGAAGUGUGGCAGGAGAGCCCCAUCGGCACCCACCCAGGAGGGCUUCUGGGGAAGGAUGACCCUGACUUCCCUUCCAGACUGACAGUUUUUCUGUGUCUCUCUAUUGUGUAUUCUAAGCCCUUUCUCUAAGGUGCUCUCUCUCACAGUGGUCAGUACAACAAUGCAGCUAGAGGCAGGGAAUGCUGGAAGUUAAAUGUGCCCCUCCUUACCAAGGCUGUGCCAGCCAUGAGUUUUGCCCAAAGCACAGGGUGAUCCUGGAACUAAGAUGGGAACUGCAGGAGGCCACUCAGGCCUGGUAUGUUUCAACCCAGGCUGUACCUUUGAAUUCCUUUGGGAGCCUUCAGGAACCACAGAUGUACAGGCCCAACCCCAGACCACUGAUGCAGAAUCUCCAGAGUAGGGCCUGGCCUGGUAUAUGUUUUUUAAGUUCCCAGAUGAUUCUGCAACACAGGACAGAGACCCAGUGGACUGGUGCAUCUGUACCUAUUUUCAGUGAAGAUGAGGAUAGUGAGUGCCAGACAGGAUCUGGGACUCCAACCCCAUCUUCUAAGUCCAGGCUGAAAGCUCCUAAAAAGUAGGAAACAUCAUCCUGGGGGUCUCUGGGACCCCUGACUGCAGCACGAUGAAGGCUGUGUGCUCCUGAUGGCCCCCUUCCCCUUGCCAUGGCUGAGUCCCCUCAUUUGCCCACACACACACCACAUGCCCACGUUCCCUGUCGUGUUUACUAAGUUGCUGGGUUCUGCCAAGCUUGCCAAAGGCCGAAUCUCAGGCAUUGUCGGGGAAGCAGAGCUCCACUGAAUGGGGUUAUCUCCCCCCACCUCAUCUGUGACCAGCACUUCACAGUUUACAAAGCCCUCUCACCCCACUCACUGACCUGUCCUACUCUUUAAACAGGUGAGCUAGGCUCUGUUAUCCCCAAGUUCAAAAGGGAAUACCUAGCCUCAGAGAAUGAAGAAUCAUCAAGCCCAAGGCACAAGCUGAAAGACAGGAAGGUGAGGUCCUGUCUGGGGAGCUGCCCACAUGCCUCCUCCACACGGAGCCUUCCUGCUCAAGCUCUUCCCACCCCUAAGGGACCCGUACCUCGUGCUUAAAAACAAUAUGAAGGUAUCCAUGAACAAACUUCUUUUCCUUUUUUUUUUACAUCUACAAUAAAUUAUUUAAAUUAUUUCACAGCAAGGGAGAGGGAUAGGUAAUUUUUAUCAGAUAUUUUUUUAAGCCAUUUUAAAAAAAUUGUUUUUGUUCUUGGCUGAUGAAGUAGGACUUGCCCAGCAUUUGCAGGGCCCUCAGGCUCAGGACAAGCAGACUGUGUACUCAUCUCCUUACUCCAUACCCUAAGAACCCCCGACUCUUGACUCAGGAACUUUCUGAGAGUGAAGACAGCACUGGGAGAUGAGCUCUGGGGUGUAUCUACAAUCAUUUGAGAUUGUAUCAUAGAGGGAAGCAGGAAGUCAGAAAUUGAGCUAUGCUUUUAAUACAAAACCGUGCCUGAAAUCCUUUGAUUGUUUUAAUAUUGUUUCUGAAAUUCCUUGUACCUUUAUAAAAAAAAAAAACUAAAAGUGCAAAUAAGUAGAUGUGGAAUUGUGCAAUGGAAAGAAGGUAACAAAAUAAUAAACAUCUGCCUAUACAUUUUA